ACAAUGUCCUAUACAGCUCGUCCAAAUUACAAACGUUCUUUGGAACAUAAUUUUGAUUGUUGCAUUGCAUCCCGAGAACCCUAUCGUUAUCGUUCAAAAUCUGCAAAUCCACCCGUUGGAAAUAAAAUUCUUUAUACGGCACCGGUUUCGGCGGCGAAGACGCGUUAUGUUCCACCGUUUUCUAUACAAACACAGCAACGGAACACAAAAGUUGUUGAUGCUCCCUUGGCAAAAGGACCAUCAUCGGGUAGUGCAAGUGCUCGAGGAAAAACGGAUCAGAAAACCAUUCGUUUGUCGGUGACGAAAGUUAAAUUGGGCUCUGGUCAUGAUUUAAGUAAACCCCAUCGUAGUUCAUCAUUCCGAAUGUAUUUCGAUCGUGGUGAUUUACCAAUUAAAAUGGAAUAUUUAUGUGGUGGCGAUAAAAUUGGUUGGACGGUUGAUAUUGACAAAUUGGACUACAGCCUUUAUUUGCCAUUGUUUUUCGACGGUCUCUGUGAAACUGAACAUCCGUAUAAAACCUAUGCUCGCCAAGGAGUAUCCGACCUCUUAUUAGCUGGUGGAGAUAAAAUAGCACCCGUAAUACCACAAUUGAUUUUACCCUUAAAAAAUGCCCUAAGUACGAAAAAUUUGGAAGUCAUGUGUACAACAUUGAAGAUCAUACAACAAUUGGUAUUAUCAUCAGAUCAAGUUGGUCCAGCACUUGUGCCAUUUUAUCGGCAAUUGUUGCCAAUGUUUAACGCCUACAAAGUUAAAAACUUAAAUUGUGGUGAUGAAAUCGACUAUGCCCAAAAGAAUAACAUGAAUCUGGGAGAUUUGAUUGACGAAACAUUACAGGUUCUUGAGCUACAUGGUGGUGAAGAUGCUUUUAUUAAUAUUAAAUAUAUGGUUCCAACAUAUGAAUCGUGUUAUUUGAAUUGAAUUUGU